AUGGUUAUCACGAUUUCGAUAGAUCCAGGAAACCCGGGCAAUACUUCAGUCCGUCAGACAAAAUCAUCAAAAUCACCACCCUCAUCGAAGCGACCACGGCCGCCCAAGUCCCUAUCCGGGUCAGCUCAAGCAAUAAACAACAGUGAGGAAGCUUCUUCCAACAGUAAUGGAUCUUCCAAGAGUGAUGCAUCUUCCUCUGAAGACGAAUGGCAACACUCUAUAUAUCCGGAUUCGUUAGCACCCAGCGAUUCUAGAUCAAGAGCGAGAAAGCCUAAGUCGGGAGGAUUCGUCUCAAAAUCUCGCCCUAGUAUAGACAAAAGUAGCAAAAAUGCCGCCGUUCAGACGGUUAAUAUUCAACCCCUGAGUGAUGCGGACCUCUCAGGCCAUCAAGAGAAGGAUUUCACCAUGCAUUUUGAUUUGGAUAUUGGUCUUGACGUGAAUGCCGACAUCGAGGAGCUCUCGCGACUGAAUCAAUUGGGACACUUCAAUGAAGCAAUAUUGUUGUUCCAUGAACGACUAGCCUCCCAUGUCGACUUCUUCCCCGUGACGGCGGAAUAUGUUGAUUUGUUGUUGGAGCAGGGCAGUUUCAGAGAUGCGGAGGCGUUUAUCACUGCACGCCUGAAUGAUAUGGUGGCGACAUUUUCCCAGGUGGAGUUGCGGCUCCUGAGACUUCUCAAGUCCUUCGCAGAGAUUUACACCAAGGGGGCUCUGAUACCAGCUUUACAAAUGACAAAGCAAGUUCUGGAUGAUCUACAGAAAGAGACGGAUGAGGAUCCAUCGUCUUUCAAAUCAUCAAUAGGGCAGCAUGUAAGUCUCCAGAAUCUCCUUUAG